AUGAUUUUAAAAUACGCUAUAUUGUUAUCAUUGUUACUAAAGACGUCCAAAGCCAUCUGUCCUCAUCUGGAAGACGGUCUGUUGAAAUGGAGUGACGCUUCAACUUGGGACGGCGGAGUGAAACCUGGACCAAACACCAAGGUGGUGUUAUCCGGCAAGAAAGUGUUACUAGAUGAAUCUCCACCACCAUUAUCUGGUAUAGAAAUACUGUCCGACUCGGUGUUAGUCUGGAACGAUCAGGAUGAUAUCAAGAUAACUACAGAUUACAUCUUAAACCAUGGACGAUUUCAGAUUGGAAGCCCAGAUUGUAGAUUCACUAAAAAAGCUAACAUAGUCUUAACAGGGCGUACUGAUGAUGGUAAAGAAUCAAUAACAGGCUUUGGUAGAAAGUUUUAUGGUGCUACUAGCGGAAGUACCACACUAAUCUAUGGUGAAGAUAAAAUAUCGUGGACUAAAUUAGCUCGGACUAUUCCUGCUUCGUCACACACAUGUGGAGUGGUUUAUGAUCACCAGAACACUCCAUUUAAAGAUGAAUGGGGUAAAGGAAUCCAUGUAAUGGUGUGGAACGAAGAUGGUUCAUUUCAUGAUUUUGUAGCUUUUACCACAGGUGAAGAAUGGGACACUUCUUCCGAUGAACAUUUUGUACAGUAUGUCAAUGGUAUUAAAGUUGGUAAAAUAGUUGCUUUAGCUGUUCGACGAGGAUUGGGCAUCGGUGAAAAGGACAGAGAGUUUGGACAAGUGUAUGAAGCCGUUGAAAAACUGGGUGGUAUGUCGCCAGGUUCGAGUGUGAUGAGAAACGUUGCUAAAGAUGAAGCUUAUGCUUUUAUAACUCUUGUAGGUAAUUCAUCAUUCACUAACGAACAACAUGCUCCAAAAGAAGCAGGACAGAAUUACACAAGAACGGACAACUCAGUGAGAAUAAACUACUGGGAAAAAGGGCUGGUAUUUAGUGCCCAAAGCGCCGUGAAGUGGCAAGGACCAUGGGGAACACCAGAUUACGUUGAUUUUAAAGUUAUAACUGCUGACGUAGCAUACCCAAAGAUUGAUGUCAUCUCUCCUGUAAACUGGCAACCAGACGAUCAACUUGUAUUCGCAUCAACAGAUUAUGAUUUAAAUCAAGCCGAAGAAAGAACUGUUUUCCCAUGUCUGGAUUGCAAUUCAAAUCAAUUCAGAGUUGAUGGUGCAUUUCAAUACAGUCAUUAUGGUGAAGUAACAGAAGGUGUGGAUGAACGAGGUGAAGUUGGUCUUUUGUCAAGAAAUAUCAGAUUUGAGGGUCAGAUGGAGCCAGUGUGCUAUGGUACUACUGAGAAAGAACAAGAACUUUGUAGUUGGUUUAAGAAAGAUACAUUUGGAGGACACUUUAAGGUGGUCAAUGGAUUCAAUGUUGUUCAUGUAGAAGGAGCAGAGUUUAAACAUAUGGGACAACAAUUUUCUUUGGGUAACUAUCCGAUACAUUUCCACAUGUGUGACGAUGUUGAUGGCACAGUUAUUAAAUCUAAUUCGAUUCACCACACUCUAGCUAGAUGUAUUACUAUCCAUGGUACCGAUGGAUUAAACGUAACAGAUAAUAUAUGCUUUGAACAUCUUGGUCAUGGAUUUUUUCUGGAAGAUGCUGCUGAAAUAAGGAAUAUAUUGGAUGGUAAUUUGGGUAUCAAUACUAGAUAUGGAGGUUUGCUGCUCUCUGAUAGAAAAAGAGAAUGGUGUAAUUCAACCAAUAAAGAUUUCUGUGCAUGGUUCAUUAAUUCUGACAGACCAUUAGGUCCAUCUUGGGGAAGACAACAAGAUCGGGGUCUCGUUACAGAAUUCAGCUCUAGAUAUACGCCUGUGACAGAGUUUUAUAAUAAUGUAGCUCAUUCUAAUAAUAAGGCCGGGUUAUUUAUGGAUAACAAGAUAUCCUAUGGACAGUAUUAUCAUGGUAAAUGGGUACCAGAAGGUGGUAUAAUUGGUGGUUCAGGUCUUAAUGCUAAAAAUCCACCAAAUGAAGAAGGUGAAAAAGUGACAUCAACCCUUGUAAGGUUUACUGGUUACAAAAAUCGACAUCAAAACGCUUGGUUACGAGCUGGAAACCUCUUAAUAAAAGAAUCCUCAAACUAUGCGCUUCAGGGAUUUAUCUUUUAUGAUGGACCAGUAUACAGUACCAAUUGUCACUUCCGGCAGUUCAAAGAUUUAGACUGGAGUAAUACCUAUGAAUCAAGGUGGGGUAUACCUGCUCAUAGACCGGCUGGUGCAUAUGGAUUUCUGAGGAAAAACAGAUUUACCUCUAGUUCUUUCAGCCAAACAAGUGGGGCAACUUUUAGUUUCUGUGACGAGACAGAAGGCAACUGGGUGUUUGAUGGGAACGGAAGCAAUAUAGACUUUGGUGAUUUUGAUGGUGAUUUACGGGCCACCUUCUUGGACAAAGAUGGAAGUGUAACAGGGCAUCCAGGAGUGCAAGUUGUUAAGAAUAUACCCUUCCUGACCACACCGAGAUGUUCCCAUAGACCAGACUGGCAGAUGAUGGUGUGUCCACAUGGAUACGUUAAGAAUAAAUCUUAUACGAUACAUUUUAAUGGUAAAUCACCUAAAUCAGUGAAAGUUUACACCAAUGAUUUAGAAAUGGGAGAUUUUAUCCGAGUUGGUGUUUGUUUCCCAAAAGACUCAACUCAGUUUAAGCUUGAGAGCUGGUAUCCCUGGAUAAACACUAAAUAUGCUCCAUCUUAUGCCGUGAACUCUAUCGAAGAAUUAGAUUCGGACCUCAGUGGUAGAGCUUAUUUCUGGGACCAAACUAAUGGAUUAUUUUUUGUAAAGUUUAUGUCCAAUGAAACACGCGGUGACGAUGACAGAAGAAACUGUCCCAAUGGCAAAUGUCCUAAUUUUAAAAUAACCAGAUUAGAUGGUGGGGACAUUGCAGAUUGUCUUACUACGGCUUAUGGUCCAUACAAAAAGAAUCCAGAGGCUGCUGGUGGAAAAUCAGACGCAAAACCUUGUACUACGUCUUCUGGAUCUGGUAUUGGUGCUGGUGAAACUCGAUCCUCUGACUAUACUCCAUCUGAUGAAUCAACAAACUGCCCUGUAAUUUCGACAACAGAUGUUGGAGACUUAAACGUAAAAUAUCGUGGUUGUUAUAAAGAUGAUUGGAAUUACAGAGAUCUCUCGUUUCAAAUGGUGAGGUAUUUCACCUCCAUGACUAGAGAGCUCUGUGUAGCUAGAUGUCAACGUCUUGGGUAUGUUUACGCUGGUUUACAAAAAGGUGACGAAUGUAGGUGUGGUAACAAUUUUGGUAAACACGGUGCUGAUCCUACUGGUUGUACCAAGCCUUGCUCAGGAGCUAAAGAAAUCAUGUGUGGUGGUAACUUACGAUCAGAUGUGUUUGCCACUGGAAAUCCUUUGCCACCCGAGCCUGCUCGAUGUGGUCCUGGGUCACGAGGUAUCAUAUUUGGACAGAAAUGUUAUUAUAUGGUAUCUGAAUUAAGGGAUUAUAUGUCUGCACAGCGAGAGUGUGUUAUUAUGGGUGGUAACUUGGCUAGUGUUACGUCUGUUGAUGAACAGCUGAGUGUUAUCAUCAUCAUCAUCACCAUCACCAUCAUCACUACCAUCAGCGUCACAACCAAGACCUUGUUCCAUAAAUCAUCAUCGGCAGAUGCCGUUGCUGGCUAUUUAAGACAAGGUAGUGGUAAUGUUUGGUUUGGCCUGAAUGAUGUUACCAUUGAGGGUACAUUUGAGUUCGUUACUGGUGAACCAUUGUCGUAUAAUAAUUUCUUACCAAACGAACCCAGUAACUGGUGGAGCGCAGAGGAUUAUGGAGUUAUGAAAUCUGAUGCUGAUUAUAAAUGGGAUAAUAGCGGUGCUGAUGAUAAAAGAAGAUUUUUAUGUCAACUACCAACAACUGUUUUGUCGAGCUCCAUAGAAAGCUGUGGUUUUGGUGGCAAUGGAAUGAAAAUAGGAUCCAGUGGAAAAUGUUAUGCUAUAAUCAAUGGAGGAAUGUCAAGAGAAAGUGCUGAAUACAAAUGUUUUACCCAGUUCGGGGUUUUAGCACCAAUGACUUCAGACGCAGAUAAGAAUGAAAUCAUCAGUCAUCUAUAUAAAUUUGGAAUACAAAUGGAUUAUUGGGUAGGGGAGAAAAAAGACAAUGAUUUCGCAGAAUUGGUUUACAAUCAACUUUUUAAAACGAACUAUGUUGGAGCCUGGGAUAACAAUGGCGCUGUAUGUUUAUUGGGUAACUCUGGAGUCUGUCCUCAAGAUGUUACUAUGCGUGUGUGUGAAAAUCUUCCCUAUUUCUUCUUAUACCUUGAUAUUAUGGGACAAUUUUCUGUUGUGAUUGGAUUGGAUUGUACAUAUUGUGAAGGAUGGGUUUCGUUCCAAGGAUCCUGUUAUCUGUAUACCAGUAAAAUAGUUGGUAAUUAUGAAAAAGCUCAAGAACUGUGCAACGGUGGCAACAGUAACCUAGUAAGCAUUGAAUCUAAAGAGGAAAAUGAUUUUGUCUUCAAUUUCGUUAAGAAAUAUGAUGGUAAAGGACAGAACCUGUAUUUAGGAUAUCGGUAUUCCAGUAUGUUUGAUAAGUUUAGAUGGACGGACGGUUCCACGUCGGAGUAUUCCAAUUGGGCAGAUGGAAAUGGAAAAGCAAAAGUGUCUGGUGGAACUUGUGCUAGAAUGAGAUCCUGGGAUACGGAGCAUAAAUGGGAAAAUACAAAUUGCGAUGAUAGCUGGCUUUUUAUAGUGUGUAAAGCCAAGAUGGGAAAUUAA